CUCCCUCCACUUCUCACCAAACAAAUCAAGAUCUCUCAAAGAAUUUGAUUAAACAGAUUCACAUUGAAGAUGAUCACUUCCAAGUUGCUUCUCCUUGUGCUCGUUGGUGCUCUAGUUUGCACCUCUGGCUACUCUAGGGUGCGUUUGGGUGAGAAGGGGUCCUCCGAGGAGGAGAAAACCUUCGACCACGGUCCUGGAUACGGUGGUGGCCAGGGUGGUGGAGGGGGAUUGGGUGGCGGUGCUGGUGCUGGUGGGGGAGCUGGCUAUGGUGGAGGAGCUGGUGCCGGUGGGGGACUCGGAAAAGGCGGUGGUCUAGGCGGAGGGGGUGGAGGAGGUUUGGGAGGCGGCGGCGGUGGAGGAAAAGGUGGUGGAUAUGGUGGCGGCGCUGGUGCUGGCGGUGGGAUAGGUGGUGGAGCUGGAGGAGGCGGUGGUGGAGGAAAAGGUGGUGGCUAUGGUGGGGGAGCCGGUGGUGGAUAUGGUGGUGGAGCUGGUGCUGGCGGUGGGAUAGGUGGUGGAGCUGGAGGAGGCGGUGGUGGAGGAAAAGGUGGUGGCUAUGGUGGGGGAGCUGGUGGUGGAUAUGGUGGUGGGGCUGGUGCUGGCGGUGGGAUAGGUGGUGGAGCCGGAGGAGGCGGCGGUGGAGGGUUUGGAGGCGGCGGCGGCGGGGGGCAUGGCGGAGGAGCUGGUGCUGGCGGAGGAUAUGGUGGAGGAGCCGGUGCUGGUGGAGGGUAUGGUGGUGGACACCAUUAAAGAGUGAGAACCAAAUAUGAAGAUGUGUCUUUCCAAAUGAUUACUCUAUGUUUUGCUUAAUUAGUGCUUAAAAUGUUAAGGCAAGUACGGCCAGAGAGACGUGUGCCUUGGUCUCUCUUGCAGCUUAAGUUUGAUUUCUACGUCUCAAUAAGCCUUUUACGGCAAAUUAAUGUACCAGGCAUGCAUCUUGUAGUAA